GUCUCGUCUGCCAAAUCUUCAUCUCCGUCUCAUCUCCAUACCUCGAUCUCUAUAUUUGUGCGCAACGAAAACCCUAGACAAUCACAGACGAGCGAAGCCCUAGAAAACACAGACGAGAGAAACCCUCUCUACGAUCUUGGAUGAUAAAUUUCGCUAAACCUCUCCGUUUCUCCUUUACAGUUUCACAAUGGGGGCUAGCAGAAAGUUACAGGGCGAGAUCGACAGAGUUCUAAAGAAAGUUCAAGAAGGCGUUGAUGUUUUCGAUAGUAUCUGGAACAAGGUUUAUGAUACUGACAAUGCUAAUCAGAAGGAGAAGUUCGAGGCUGACUUGAAGAAGGAGAUCAAGAAACUUCAGAGGUACAGAGACCAGAUCAAGACAUGGAUUCAGUCCAGCGAGAUCAAGGAUAAGAAGGUUAGUGCCUCUUAUGAGCAGGCUCUGAUGGAUGCUCGCAAGCUCAUCGAGCGUGAAAUGGAAAGAUUUAAGAUAUGUGAAAAGGAAACUAAGACAAAAGCAUUUUCUAAAGAAGGCCUUGGUCAACAACCUAAAACAGAUCCGAGGGAGAAGGCUAAAUCAGAGACGAGAGAUUGGUUGAACAAUGUGGUUUCGGAGUUGGAAUCUCAAAUUGAUAGCUUUGAAGCUGAGAUUGAGGGGCUAUCUGUUAAGAAAGGAAAAACGAGGCCACCCAGAUUGACACAUUUAGAGACGUCUAUCGUGCGGCACAAGGCUCAUAUAAUGAAGUUAGAAUUGAUAUUGAGGCUGCUGGAUAACGAUGAAUUGAGUCCUGAGCAGGUCAAUGAUGUUAAGGAUUUCCUGGACGACUACGUGGAACGUAAUCAGGAUGACUUUGAAGAAUUCAGUGACGUUGAUGAGCUUUACAUCUCCUUACCGUUAGACAAGGUGGAGACUCUAGAGGAUCUAGUUACAAUUGUUCCUCCUGGUAUUGUUAAGAGUGUUGGGGUUGGCAGUGCAGUUUUAAGCACGAAAACUUCUCUGACAGCAUCCGCAGCUCAACUGCCGGGUACGUCCAUCCUGGAGCAAGUUGAGGAGAUGGCUUCCCAGGACAGUAAUUCUGAUAUUGUGGCAAGGACUCCACCCGCUAAAAAUAGUGCAAUUGGUUCUUCUGCUCCAUCAACACCACCGGGAAGCCAUGCCAUUCCUAGUGCUCUGACUGUUUCAGUUCAGAGUCUGUCUGGUGCAUCAUCUGCUUCAGCAAUCCUUUCAAGUUCAACGUCUGUUCGGGGUGUCUUAGAAAAUGCAGGUGUUCCAUCAUCUCCCAUGUCUAGUACUGCUAAGGAAGAAGAAACUGCAACCUUCCCUGUUCGCAAAUCAUCUCCUGCUCUUGCUGAAACUGGAUUUAGAGGCACUUGUAGAGGUGGCCUAUCCAACCAACCAUCGACCAGUAUCCCCCUUAAUUCUGGCAGUACAAUUCCUACCAAUGGAUCCCCUGGUGCUGUUCCCUUGGCCGCUGAAAUGGCAAAGAGAAAUAUAUUAGGAGCUGAUGAGAGAAUUGGGAGUAGUGGCAUGGUGCAGCCUCUGGUUUCCCCACUAAGUAAUAGAAUGAUAUUGCCCCAGGUCACCAAGGCUAAUGAUGGAAGCAGCGGAGCUGACAGUGGUAAUGCUGGUGAAGCUGCAGUUAUGGCUGGCCGUGUUUUCUCCCCUUCCGUAGUUCCUGGCAUACAGUGGAGGCCUGGAAGUUCCUUUCAGAAUGAAGGGGGGCAGAUCCGUGGAAGAACUGAAAUUGCGCCUGAUCAGAGGGAAAAGUUCUUACAGCGAUUCCAGCAGGUGCAGCAACAGGGUCAGAUUAACCUUCUUGGCUUGCCUCCUCUUGCUGGAGGAAAUCAUAAACAGUUCACCGCACAACAACAGAACCCACUCUUGCAGCAGUUCAAUUCUCAAAGCUCAUCUGUCUCACCUCAAGUUGGGUUGGGACUUGGAGUCCAAGCAGCAAGUCUCAAUACUACAUCUGCCUCCUUACAGCAGCAGCCAAAUUCAGUCCAUCAACAAUCUACCCAGCAGGCAUUGAUGUCGUCAGGAUCAAAAGACUCUGAGGUUGGGAAUGCAAAACUUGAAGAGUUGCAGCAGCAACAACAGACUCUAUCUGAAGAUUCUACUGCCGAGUCUGCUCCGAGUUCUGGUCUCGGCAAGAAUCUCCUGAAUGAGGAUGAUAUGAAAGCCUCCUAUUCGUUGGAUUCACCUGCAGGAAUAUCAAGCUCUUUGACAGAGCCUGCCCAAGUGCUAAGGGAUACUGAUCUCUCUCCUGGGCAACCUUUACAAUCCAAUCAACUUUCUAGUGGACUUGGUGUUAUUGGUCGGAGAAGCGUUUCUGACCUAGGUGCCAUUGGUGAUAAUCUCAGUGGAUCAGCUGCGAGUUCUGGAGGAAUGCAUGAUCAGUUAUACAAUUUGCAGAUGCUUGAGGCUGCUUAUUACAAACUUCCUCAGCCCAAAGACUCGGAACGUGCAAAGAGCUAUACUCCAAGGCAUCCUGCAGUGACCCCUGCGAGCUAUCCUCAAGUACAGGCACCAAUUGUCAAUAAUCCUGCCUUUUGGGAACGUCUUGGAGCUGAUAAUUAUGCCACUGAUACAUUUUUCUUCACGUUUUACUAUCAACAGAAUACUUAUCAGCAAUAUUUGGCUGCAAAAGAGUUGAAGAAGCAAUCAUGGAGAUACCAUAAAAAAUACAACACAUGGUUUCAACGGCGUGAGGAGCCAAAAGUCACUACUGAUGAAUUCGAACAGGGGACAUAUGUGUACUUUGAUUUCCAUAUCGCUAAUGAUGAAAUUCAACAUGGAUGGUGCCAGAGAAUAAAGACUGAAUUCACCUUCGAGUACAACUAUCUUGAAGAUGAACUUAUCGUAUAGAAAUAUGUACAUAAUCCUGCAACAUUGAUGAUCCUUCAUUAACUUCUGGGGGUUUAUUGAUUGAUUGAUUGAUGCGAUGAUAAAAAGUUCUGGUUUAGAAGACGCAAGAGUGGAGAAUAUUGUCACUUCAAUGUCACUUGCACUUCUUUAUGCUCGUAGGUUAUUUUCUAAAGAUUGGGUUGGAAACUGGUUUUAACUAGAGGUGACAGACAAUUGUUGAAAUUAAUUUGGGUACGCAGCUUUUAUGGGACAUUCACUGGUUUCAUCUGUAGUUGUGUAUGUGAGAGAAAUGUUGACCUGCCUCAUGCGUUGCAUAUUUUGGUAAAUUUUUUAACGAGGUUUUAUUAUUUGAUUGAUUGUUUUACCCUAUUGGACUUUUGGCGGUGGGGGUGGUAAAUCAAACGGUCUUCAGGAUACUAAUUGUUAUUAUAUAUAUUUAUAAUGAGAAGUUGGAUGGAGUUGGCAA